GGCGUCCAGGAAUGGCCCUCCUCGGCCUGCGCCAGGGUCCAAUUAAUAUCCUCCGUGCCUCCAUCAACGUCCGCUUCAGGUCUGAUUGCGGGGCUACUUAGCAGGCAAAGAUGAGGGGCCAACUUUUGUCCAGUUGAUUGCGGCGCGCUCGUUGUCUGUUCUCAAGCCAUCUACACCUACACUGCCAACCUGACCAUGGCAUCCCUCAAGAGAAGCCCGCCUUUCCGCGCUGAGCACGUCGGCUCAUUGCUCCGUCCCCAGGAGCUGGUGCAGAAGCGUUACGAUGUCGCGUCCGGCAAAUCACAGCCAGAGGAGCUCGUACCUUUGGAAGACAAGGCGGUUGCAGAGGUGGUCAAAUUUCAACAAGACUGCGGACUCAAAGUCGUGUCGAGCGGCGAGUACACCAGACACAUGUUCUGGGGUACAUUUUUUGAAACCCUCCACGGCAUGAAGGAGCUCCAGCUUGGCGUGCUCAAGGGCUACACCAAGGACAUGUUCCGAGCGUACGCACCCGAUGUCAAGUCGUUUAUGGAGGCAAAGGAGGUGCCAAACCACGUCACUGUCUGCGUCGACAAGAUUAGGCACCCUGGAAAAUCAAGUAACCAACGAGAGGUCGAUUUGAUGAAGAGUCUGCUCCCAGAGAGCGAGUGGAAGAACAUCAAAAUCACUCUCAUUUCGCCAUCCUGGUACCAUUUCCGUUACAUGAACGGCUCCGCUUACCCGAAGGAGGUGUAUGCAAACGACGAAGAGUAUUUCGAGGACGUGGCAAAGGCGUACCAAGAAGAGCUCAAGAUCCUGCACUCGCAAGGCAUCCGGAACAUUCAGAUUGAUGACCCUAACCUCGCCUACUUUUGCUCCCAAGACAUGCUGGCAGGCUGGAAGGCUGACUCGGUAAACAAUAAGACUGCCGACGAGAUGUUUGACUCGUAUGUCAAAUUUUACAACAAGUGCUUUGAGCGCCCCGCGGACAUGCAUCUGGGUAUUCACCUGUGCCGCGGCAACUACGUGGGAAGCAGGCAUUUCAGUGAAGGUGCAUAUGACAACAUUGCGAAGAAGCUGUUCCAGGAUCUCAACGUCGACACUUACUACCUUGAAUAUGACACACCACGCGCCGGAGGUUUCGAGCCACUAGCGCAUCUCCCCAAGAACAAGAAUGUCGUACUGGGUGUCAUUACGUCGAAAUUCCCCACGCUCGAGGACAAGGACGAGAUGAUUAGCCGAGUCAACCAAGCCGCUGAUUGGAUCGCAAAGGGCACCGGUCAGUCGCGCGAAGACGCCCUCCAACAGUGCUGCGUUAGCCCACAGUGCGGCUUUGCGUCGCAUGCAGAGGGCAAUGCAUUGGGCUACGAAGACAUGAGGAAGAAACUGCAGCUCGUCCGGAGCAUUGCGGAUGCCGUAUGGCCUGGACAGCCGUAGGCACUCGGGUAGGUAGGCGAAGAGACGAGUUCACUCCCUCCUCAAAAGAACUCGGACAGGCGCUGAACCCAAUAUAGUUAGAGUUUCACUCUGUUGGUGUUCUUGUCAGAUUUUUCGAUGAGGGGGUGAUUUAGCACGAGGCAACGGUGUUUUAUGCCUUGGCGAAUGGAAUUAGCGGAAGCAGAAGCAUUGAAGGAGUAGUGGAGUCGAGACGAAUGCCGAAUUCAACAUGGCGUUCGCAUGGCGAGCAUUUCUGAUCUGGGUGUGUGGGGAUCGAGUCAGUCUGGUGGGUAAAGUGGCGAAGACUACGAAUUUUGAU